CGGUCAUGCUUCCGGAUGCAUCUUUGUUCUCUGUUCCCUGUUCCGAAGAAUCUACUGAACGCAGCCAUUAGAAGAUUUCUACUCUUUUUGCAAAAGAAGAAGAUAAAUUUCUCAAACUGUAGCAUACGCCGGGCGAGCAUUAUGGAGAAAAUUGACAAACUCAAAUAUAAUAAUGAAGAUAUUGACUCAUUUGUCCAUAGAAAAUCAAGCAAAAAGUUUAAGUCUAAAAAGAAAAAAGAAAAAAAACAUAAGAAAAAGAGGAAAUGUUCAUCUUCAAGCAGUAAAAGCGAUGAUAGCACAAAAUUUGAAUGGGUGGAGAGAAAGGUUGAAGAUCAAGUUGUUGAUUAUAGAGCCCAAGAAAAUCAGCUCAAAAGGGAUGAAUGGAUGAAUGUGGAAAGUUUUAUUCCAUAUUUAUCAGAGCCUAAUGUGAAAUUACAAGAAUUAAAAGAGAAAGAUAAAGAGAUUUUUCUAAGUAAACCGGGACAAAGUAACAGAGAAUUGAAUCCAUAUUGGAAAGCUGGAGGCGAUGGAUUACCUCAAAAUAAUCCAGGUAGAUCUGAUAAGCCGAAGAUUUUGGAUGUAAAUUGGCUAAAAAAGAGUCUUCGGCGUGCCGAGGAACAAGCUUUACGUGACAAUAAACGUUUAGAGGAAGUAGCUGCCGAACGUUGGGGUUCUCUAGAAAUUAUACAAACAAUGAUAGUUGAAGCAGAAAAAAUGUCAAAAACUCAACAGAAUAAAUCGUAUCAUAAAAUAUGUUACAAUGAUAAAAAUGAUAGAGACUCUCAUAGAAUUUCCAGUCCGAGAAUAAGAAAGCGUUUGAGGUCUAAAUCAAGAUCUAGAAGUAAGGAUCGUGCUGAAAAAUAUAAUACUGACUACUCGUCGGAACAUCACACAGUAUUGAAGCAAACCUAUCGCAAACCUAAAGACAGCGACACUUAUUAUCAACAGACUAUGCCUGCCAAUAGUCGUAUGAAAAAUUGGAAAAAAGAUAAGAGUGAUGAAAAGAGAUAUCCAAUUACCGAAUUAUCUGUGUCCGAGCCAAAACAAGUAGAUUUACGGAAUAUUAAUAAUACAAAUAGAAUGGAUAAAGAUAAAGGCGUUGGUGUUUUGACUGAAGCGGAAAUGAAUAAAUUAGGAGCAAGUAUUAUAAAAGCUGAAUUAACGGGUGAUAAUGAAUUAGCAGCAAAACUAAAAAUCCAGUUGGAGCACGCGAGAAAACAUAUUACAUCAUGUAAAACCAGUGUACAAGAGGAGAAUGUAAUUCUCACAAAAACCGAUGCAAAAGGUACUGCAAGACCGAUACAACCCAGAAAUCAAUCUAAAUGGGAAAAUUACAGGAAUAAGAAAACUGCCGAGACACAUAUCUCUGGUGAGAGAGUACGUCAUUUCGCAGACGAUGAUAAAUAUUCUCUACAAGAAAUGUUUCAACGAGAGAAAGGAAGAUCCACAAUGGAAGAUGAAGCAGUCUUCGUUAAACUCGCUUCCAAGAAUAUCGACCAUAUGGAUGAUACAUUUGAGCAACAAAUUGCACGAACAGAUUCGGAAGCGAGACAAGACAAGUGGGAUCGUACACAGGCAAUUAAAGAACACAAAAAUUUAUCUAAAUGUAUGGAUAAUUGUUCGUGGUGCCUUGAUUCGAAAAAUAUGUUAAAGCAUAUGAUCGUUACAAUGGACUCUGUGAUUUGCUUAAGCUUGCCUGCUUGUACUUCCUUGAGUGCUGGUCAUUGUAUAUUAACACCUAUACAGCAUGUGGCGUGUCAAUUGCAAUUAGAUGAAGAUAUAUGGGAUAGAUUGAUGGAAUUCAAAAGAAAAUUAAUAAAAAUGUUUACGGAUGAAGAUUUUUAUCCGAUAUUUUUUGAAGUGUAUAAAAUACGUAGUAAAUUUUCACAUAUGCAAUUAGAGUGUAUUCCACUGCCGAAAAAAAUUGGCGAGUUGUCACCAAUAUAUUUUAAGAAAGCUUUGUUGGAGUGUGAAACUGAAUGGUCCAUGAACAAAAAAAUUAUUGAUUUAACAUUUAAAGGUAUACGUCAUGCCAUACCAAAUGGAUUAUCUUACUUUAUGGUCGAAUUUGCUUCACAUCCUGGCUAUGCUCAUGUGAUCGAAGACGAAAAAAUGUUUCCGCAAAAUUUUGCCAAGGAAAUAAUAGGAGGAAUGUUGGAUUUGGAUCAUAACUUUUGGCGGAAACCAAAAAGACAAAGUUUUGAGGAACAAAGAAUAAAAGUAUUAGAGUUCACAGAAAAAUGGACGAACUAUAAUUCGUCGUAAUCAAAAGACAAUUAUCUUGCAUGAAAAAAUUAUACAA